AUGACACUGAAAGGAGAACUAGGUCCAGUUUUAAACUUAGCAGCAUAUUCUUUUGAUGGUGACAAGUUGUCUUUACGAUGGAGAGAUCCCGAGAUAACCAGAGGAGCAACAAUUGAGAAAUAUUCAAUCACAAUAUCUGAUGAAAACAAUAGAAAUACAAGAACAACCACUGUAUAUAAAUCUGAGGCAUCUUGCUUAUUAUGGGAUGGAUAUUUAUGUUCGACAAUAAAAUCUCUUGAUUCAGACGUAUACAAAAUUGAGGUUCGUGCUGUGUCAAAACUUUAUAAAGGCGACCCAACUGUGAUAGAUAAUAUAAUCCUCGAACAAAGAAAACCUAGUGCACCUUUGAAUUUGCGAGUUGACACUGAUCACUAUGACACAAUAGUUUGGGAACAUCCUUGGAUUCCUGGUGGAAAAAUUAAACAUUUCCAAAUAUCAUGGGCACUAGAGUCAUCUGAACUACUGAUUCAUCCAAGUAGUAAUACAUUUUAUUGGAAUGUUAGUGUAUUUGAAGAUAAGAAACAAUAUAAAUUCAAGUUGAAAGAAUUAUCUCCUGCCAGUACUUAUAGUGUUAAAGUUAGAGCAUGUAAUUCCUUCCAAGGAGAAAUGUCGGAAAUUAAAUUAAAGACGCCUCUUCCAGUUCCAAACCUUAAUGUAAAAUUAUACGCAACACGACUAGUUGCAAAUAGAAUAGAAAUUAAUAUUCCUCUUGAUACAAACAGUUUAGCAAAUUCAACUAAAAACAGUGGUUACUAUGUGGUCAUCCGAGAACCUAUGAGUGAUAAUCUUUCUGAAGACAAAAAAAAUUAUCACAACCGAUACAAAUUUACAUACAAAAAGAUAUUUGAAGAGGCUGCAGUAGCUGAGAAAUAUGAUUACGUAACAUGGAUAGCAAAACGGAUGAAUAUUGCGGAUAUCUUAAUACAUCAAAAAGUAUUGAUUGGUACAAAUUCUAUUGAUGGUGACUUUAUGGAUUUCGUCUUGUCGGAAGAAACAGAUUACAAAAUAUCUGUAGUCUUUUAUAAUACCGAUGGUGAGAAUUAUACAUACAAGACCUUGUUCAAUGAAAAAAUUAUAGGAAUCAAACAAAGUUCUUCCUUAUGGAACCUCCUGCUUUUGUUGAUUCCAAUUCUGGCAGUCGUCGUUUUUGUUUGGUAUAAACACAAAAAAACGAAUGCAAUUCAAAACGAUGGAACAGUUUAUAAUGCCUCUUUUCCUCUUAUAAAUAAGCAAAUUAUUCUAAGUCAUCCAGUAAGUGAAAAAGAUUUUGAAGACUACGUCAGGAGAUCCUUAUUGGACGGAACUCUGGACAAACAGUACAAGGCAAUUCCUAAAAAGUUCGAUUAUUCCGUUUCGAAUGCACUUAAACUACAAAACAGGGAUAAAAAUCGAUACAUUCACACCUUGCCUUAUGAUUGGACGAGUGUAAGACUGGAUUCACUUCCAAACGAUCCUUGGUCUGAUUACAUCAACGCAAGUUACAUCGAUGGUUUUGAAAGAUCCAAGGAAUACAUAGCAACUCAAGGGCCAAAGGAGAACACUGCCUACGAUUUCUGGCGAAUGAUUUUGCAGGAAAAAGUUUCAGUCAUCUGCAUGUUGACACAAUUAAAGGAAAAGAAUUUAGACAAAUGCUUCCAAUAUUGGCCUCCAAUAGAAAACGCAUGUAAAUAUGGAAAUAUUACGAUAACCAAUCCCGAAACUACAAAAAUGAGCGGAGACUACAUUGUCAGGAAAUUGUUGAUCAGUUCUAAAAAUGAGCGAUCUUCAGUUUUGCAUCUGCAUUACACUGAUUGGCCCGAUCACGAAACAACUCGUUAUGCGGAUUCUCUUGUUCCAUUGUUGACAGAGUUUCAAAAGAUUUCAUCCAAUGAUGGUCCAAAAGUAGUUCACUGCAGUGCCGGCGAUGGCAGAACUGGUACCUUCAUUCUGGCAGAUAUUUGCGUCAAGAUGGCUCGAGCAACUGGUAAAAUAGACGUUUUGUAUUAUCUGAACCAAAUUCGAAAACAAAGGGCAAAGCUCGUUAAUUCUGAGAAUCUGUACAAAUUGGUGCACCUGACGGUUCUGGAAACUCUUUCGGGCAAACCGACUGCCAUACCAUGUUUUCAAUUAAAACAAACAAUUUACCAGAUGAAAGAUUCUAAUACCUUGUUGGAUCAAUGGAGAUAUUUGGAUCAAGUAUCAUGGAAAGAUGAUUAUAUUACUGGAAUGAAGGACAAACCAACAGCAAAAGAAGUUUUAAGGCCGGAAAACAGAAACACUAUAGUAGCUGGUAAAAAAGGAAGGGUCGUCAUCACACGAGCGAUUUUAGCAAAUCCUGAUUCGGAUUACAUAAAUGCAGUACUUGUAGAUGGAUUCAAAACCAAGGAACAGUUUAUCGUCACACAUUUUCCUUUGGAACAAACUAUUGACAACUACUGGAGAAUGAUCUUUGAUAAGAGAGUCAAGAUUGUGAUCGUAUUUAACGAAGUUGAUAUAACGGAUCCUACAGUGGUCAAAUUCGUACCAACUCGCAUCAACCAAGAAAUUCAACCAUCACCUCGUAUUACUAUAAAAACUUUGAACAAGAACGAUAGCGACUUCUGCACAGUCUAUGAUGUACUUGUGAGUAAUGAAAAGUCACCAGAAAAUCAUUCACAAGUCAAGGUGAUGCAAUGGAAGGGUUGGAAAAGUGAUGAGACUUUGCCUUCAGGAGAUGCACCUCAUAGAACUAACAUUCUUGUCCAAUUGUGGGAAGUGGUAAAGGAGGCGAUUGAAGAGAGCGAAUUUGAAAAGAGUCCUAUUCUUCUGACUUGCUAUGAUGGAGCAACUGCUUGUGGCCUUUUCGCAGCACUAGUGUUCGUCAUCGAAAAAAUGAGGAUCGACGGCGAAUGCGACGUCCCACUCGCUUUAAAGACCAUCAGGAAAUACAGAAAGGAAUUUGUUCGAAAAGAGGAACAGUACGAGUAUUUAUUGGAAGCUGCACUCGAUUAUCUCGACAAACCUGAAGACAAUUUUAUGUCUUCUCAUGAAACAGAUACCAAUUCGGUGAAAUAUUUGCCGGAACGUUCACGAAAUCUUUUAUGGGAACAUAAAUUAAACGACAACUUCUGGCAAAAGACAAACUCCACUAAAUUCUACUUUGCGCCAAGGACUGAUUCUGCAUGGAAUGAUUUCGAAGAAAGGAAUAUGACUAUUUCAAAAGAAAAAAUUCUUAUAUAUUUUCCUAAAUAUCCAAUCGAUGACCAAGAAAUGUAUAUAAGUGCUUCGUUUAAAGUAAAAUCCGAUGCCCAUGUCAUGUUUUGCGAAAAUGAAGAUUUCAGUAACAGCAAAUGUUACAUGGUCAUAAUAUCGGGAUACAAUAAUGCGAAAUCUUUAAUUCGAAAAUGUAAAAUGGGUAUUCCUCCGCUAUAUCCUGUCGAAGAAUCUUGCAACAAAACUCAAAUUGAAACUACUCAUAGUCCACUUCUGAAUGAUCGUCACUGGAAUCAUUUCACGUUUUCGAUACAAAAAUCUAACAGUAACACCGAAUUUAGAGUAUACUCACAAAAUAAUGAAACAGGUGAAAUCGAACAAAUAUUAAAUUAUAAAGAUACAAUGAAUCCAUUUGAUAUUAAAUGGUUUGGUGUAAAAACGUACUUGGAAGGAGGCAACAAUAGUUCGGAGGAACAAAAUGAUACAAUCAGAACACUUAUUUAA